UUGCUCUAUUUGUUUUUGUUGCUGCCGCUGGUGCUUUUGCACAUUUCCCCCUUUGGAAGUGGAAAGUGGGAAGUGGGUGAGUGUGCCUGUGUGUUUUAUUCCCUUUUAUUAUUAUUAUGCUGUCAUUUCUGUUGUCGCGACAUUGUCAGCGAAUGUUGUGUGUGGUCCCUUUUACGGGUACGCAGAACGUACUGCCGGCAUAACAUGGAUAACAUUUCCAUGCCCACUCCUUUACGGCGACAUCGGAAGGGUUUUAGUUGCCCCCUUCGAACCAACAGUUUUAUGUGCCAUCCACAGCGGCUUGCCAUUUGUAGGGCCUCAAAACAAAUCGCUUUACUGCCCCAAAAGCGGUCAUAAUACGAGACAGAAAUCAAAGUGAGAACUUCAUUUCGAUUACCCGAUAUCCAAAUCAAUUUCGUAAUUUGUCCCAUUUCACAUUCUGUCGAAUAUGCCUCAUAAUGUCAACGAGGCAAUAUAUCAAAUGCUCUCCGACGAUGUCUUGAAUCUUUAUGUUGCCAGUCUACUGGCAGGCACUAGGGUGCCAUAAAUUUGAAAUUACAGAACCCAAAAAGCAGAGGAAACAGAGUUAGUUCUCGUGUGUUUUUGCGUAAGGCUGUAAGGCUUAAAGUAGAGUUUUUGAGUUAAGCAGCUACAGUGAUAGGCAUAUUUUUUUUAGUUUUUUAGAUGUAUUAAGAAGUUAAAAAGGGUGGAAUAAUUUAUUAAAUACGUAUGGGCUAGGACCCCUAAGUUCACCCCUCUUUCCAAUGCACGGGUAAGAGGGUAAGUAAGCCCAACCCCUGACUGAAGCCUCAAAGGCGCACCGUUUAAACUCAUUGCUUGCCUGCUGACUUUGAUAUACGGCCAUUUGAGUGUCGCUCAAAGUAACAGCAAAAAGAACUGGAGUAUGUGGAACAACCCUUAGGGCACUCCAAUAUGCAUUUUCCGCUGCCUGGCAGUUCCCUCUCCUGCCUUUUCUACAGGAUAACACGACCAUUUAAAUAAACCUUUAUCAAUAAAACAAUUUAUAUUAUUUUCAAAGCGAAAUCUUUAAAAUUUGAAAAGGAAAUCUUUUUGGGAACUUCAUAUGUUCAUGUACUUGAAUUUAUCUCGUGUGAAAGUAUAGUGUUUUUAAUGGCAAAUAAUUUUAAUUAUAAACUUAUAUGUGUAAUUAGUGGUUGCUCUUAUUGUGAGAUGAACCUUGAGUAUUAUUACUAUUAUUAACAGAACAGUGGCGUGUUACUGGCCAGUAUAAAAUGUUUUAAAAAGCAACGUUGGGGCAAGUUUGCUCGAUUAAAAUGGAUCCGAAAGUCAUUUUACUGGCGGUGUUACAUCUUUUAGCCCAUGCCAAAGGGUCUAGAUACGAGCUUUCGGUGGCGGAUGAGAAUAUAUUCAGCAAAUGUCCUGAUAAUCCUCCCGGAACAUUUGACGUAGACAGAAUGAUGGACUUAACAGAGUUUCAAACUACGAUGGAUGAAAACGGCGUGACUAUCAGCGGAAACUCGACGUUGGCUUGGGAAAUUGAACAGGAGGAUCGCGUUCAGUUGGCUAUAAAGCUUCUGUACUUUGACCGAGGGACCUGGACGCCAACGGUGCUCUCAAUGCUUGCAAGGGAUUUCUGCAAGAUCAUGUACGACCCGAACCAGAUAUGGUACCAGAUGUGGACGCAAUAUAUAAAGAACGAUGUUAAGGACAAAUGUGUUAAUGUUCCCGGGACGAAAUUUAUCAUGCAGACCUACACCCUGAAUAUGAGCACCUCGAUUGCGGGACACCUUCGUGAAGGACGCUACAAGGCCAACCUACUUUACCAGGCUUUCGAUUCCUUCGGAAAAGAGAGACCCACUCGCAUAUGCUUCGAAGUAAUGGGCGACCUGUUUAAAGUUCGAUAAUAAUUGUCACUUGUUCAGCUCCAACAAAAAUAAAUUAAAAAUGAUUCUAAACAAGUUCAUAAACGCAUUAUAUAAAAAUAGUUUUGGUAUUUUUUUGUUGUUAGUAACUUGUUAGGAAAAACAAUGAUGUCCACUCUGCUACUUAUAAACUCUG